AUGGGAAAGAAGGCUAUUCAGUUCGGCGGUGGUAACAUCGGCCGUGGCUUCGUCGCCGAGUUCCUCCACAAGGCGGACUACGAAGUAGUCUUCGUCGAUGUCAUGGACAAGAUGGUCGAGGCUCUCCAGCAGAACAAGUCGUACAAUGUGACUGAGGUCAGUGAGGAGGGUGAGCACACCACCACUAUCACCAACUACCGUGCCAUCAACUCCAAGACCCAUGAGAGCGAUGUCAUCCAAGAGAUUGCUACGGCUGAUGUCGUGACCUGUGCUGUGGGACCCAACAUUCUCAAGUUCAUCGCCCCUGUCAUUGCCAAGGGUAUCGAUGCUCGUACAGAGUCUAAGCCUGUCGCUGUUAUUGCCUGUGAGAAUGCCAUUGGUGCUACCGACACCCUGCACGGCUUCAUCAAGCAGCACACCAGUCAGGACCGCGUCGAGUCCCUGUACGACCGCGCCCAGUUUGCCAACUCUGCCAUUGACCGCAUCGUCCCUCAGCAAGCCCCCAACAGUGGCCUCGAUGUCCGCAUUGAGAAGUUCUACGAAUGGGCUGUCGAGAAGACUCCCUUUGGCUCUGUCGGCCACCCAGACAUUCCUGCCAUCCACUGGGUCGACAACCUGGAGCCAUACAUUGAGCGCAAAUUGUUCACCGUCAACACCGGCCAUGCUACUACUGCCUACUUCGGUCACUUCCGGGGCAAGAAGAUGAUUGCCGACGCUUUGGAGGACAAGGAGAUCCGUGGACUUGUUCACAAGGUUCUUGAGGAGACUGCCUCACUCAUCGUGGCUAAGCACGACAUCUCAGAGGAGGAGCAGAAGGAGUACGUCGAUAAGAUCGUCAGCCGCAUCUCCAACCCUUAUCUGGAGGACAAUGUCGAACGCGUGGGGCGUGCACCCCUGCGCAAGCUCUCUCGCAAGGAGCGGUUCAUUGGACCGGCUUCGCAGCUGGCCGAGCGCGGCAUGAAGUAUGACUCUUUGAUGGACGCUGUCGAGAUGGCUCUGCGCUUCCAGAACGUGUCUGGUGACGACGAGAGUGCAGAGCUCGCCAGCAUCCUCCAAGAACAGUCGGCAGAAGAUGCCACCAGCAACCUCACCGGCCUGGAAGAGAAACACCCUCUGUAUCCUGCCGUGCUGGAGCGGGUGCGCAAGGUGCAGCAGGGGACGAAGUAA